AUGCCACCCCGAAGAACUUCAAAAACCCCGACAUCCGUGCAACGGGUGGUUCAUCACGAUGACGACGAGGUGGCAUUGAGCUCGCAGGCUCGUAGUGCGCCAAGGCAAUAUGUUCCCAGCCAAACCCUCAGCCAACCUGCUCUUCCUCCCGAAAAUUUUCUUUCACUCAGCCAGAGGCUUCCAGACACCCAGGCCGAGCUGGAGGAAGAAGCAAACGCUGCAGCAGUUGUUGAAUCCUCCCAGGAAUAUUAUAAUGGGCAGGCGACCAAAGGAGAAUAUGUGAACAUUAGACGCGAGCCUGGCAACCCCUAUGAUUCCAAUGCAAUCCGGAUCGACAAUGUCAUGGGCGACCAAAUCGGCCACUUACCUCGCCAGCUGGCUAGCAAAUUGGCUCCCUACAUAGAUUCUGCGGACUUACUAGUAGAGGGUGUUCUAGCGGGAAACAAGGGUGUCUACGAAUGUCCAAUCAGCCUAAGACUAUAUGGAACCAGUGAGCCCAGACAGCAACUAGAGCUCGUAGCGAGAAUGAAAAGGCAGGGGCUGCCGGUUGCAGAGCUGCUCAUGAAAAACAGCGACAGGAAGAAGCGUCAGCUGCAGGAAUUGAAAGCCGCCGCCGCCAAUAGCUCCAGGGCACGCAAAAACAUUGGAAGGGGUGAGGAAUGGAACAAAUCGGACAAUGCCUUUGGCGUUAAUAUGGCUCCUCCCGGAGGGCAUUCGGACGAAAAGAAUAAGAAUCAAGAGUCUAUUGACGACAUUAUCGGCCAAAGCGUUGUCUUCAACCCCAGGGAGAUGAGCCAGGUCGUUGAAAAGUUUGGCGCUGAUGAGAAAGAACUUGCAGCAAUGCCGAUGGCGGAGUGUCCGGCCUCGCUUUCGACGGAAUUGUUACCAUAUCAACGUCAAGGACUCGCGUGGAUGUUAGAUAAGGAAUCACCACAGCUACCAGGGAUUGGACGUGAGGAUGUGGUGCAGUUGUGGAAGCGGCAGGCCCAGGCGUAUAAAAAUAUCGCAACUGGUUAUGUCACAAACCAGGCACCUCCACUUGCCAGCGGUGGAAUCCUUGCGGAUGAUAUGGGUGGCAUCCGCUCAAUCUUCGAGGACCACACUGAUUAUCUCUCCGCUUGGAGUGAUGAGCAAUUGGAGAGACAGAUUGCUACCCAUGUCAAGCAGGAGAAUGCGCUUAAAGUUCUCGUAUACCAUGGGACAGGUAAGAAAGAGGCCGAAAAGCUCGACCAAUACGAUGUAGUAAUCACCACUUAUGGUGCACUUGCCAUGGAAUUUGGGCAAGUUGAUGGCAAAAGCCCUAAGGCCCUGAAACCAAAGCAGGGCCUUUUCUCUAUGCGCUGGCGCCGAGUUGUCCUAGAUGAAGGGCAUACUAUUCGAUCUCCACGGACCAAGGGAGCAAGAGCAGCUUGCGCUCUGGAGGCCGACUCUCGAUGGUCACUGACGGGGACACCUAUCAUUAAUAACCUGAAAGACCUAUACUCACAGCUUAGAUACCUCCGUAUAUCUGGUGGAUUGGAAGAUUUUUCUGUCUUUAACAGUGCACUAAUCCGACCGCUCAAAGACGAAGACCCCAACGCCAAUCUCGUUCUCCAGGCUCUAAUGGCGACAAUUUGUCUACGCCGGAAGAAGGAAAUGGGAUUCAUCAACCUUCGCCUUCCGCCCAUGCAAUAUCCUUCAUGUGAACUUCUACCCUACCCCUUGUCCCAAACUAACGAAAUGACUACCAGGGCCGAGGCGAAGGGUGUCCUUAUGGAAUAUUCUAACGGGAAAAAGUCGAAUGUUACCUAUUCACACUUACUUGAGGUUAUCCUGCGCCUUCGACAAGUCUGUAACCAUUGGAAAUUGUGCCAAAGCCGCAUAAAUAGCCUCAUGGAUCUGUUGGAGAAGGAAAAAAUUGUAUCUUUGACACCAGAAAAUGUAAAAGCGCUCCAGGCGCUCCUCCAACUGAACAUUGAGAGUCAAGAAACGUGCCCUAUAUGCCUCGAUUCUUUGGAUCAGCCAGUGAUCACGGCUUGUGCUCAUACCUUCGAUUAUUCUUGCAUAGAGCAGGUCAUUGAAAGACAACACAAAUGUCCCCUUUGCCGCGCAGAACUCGCAGAUACGUCGAAUCUUGUUCAUCCCGCUGUUGCUCUCGGUGAAGACGACAGCAAGGUGGAUGUCGACCCUGAGGAAAGCAGCAGCAAAAUUCAAGCUUUGAUUAAAAUUCUAACGGCACAUGGUCAGGCUCCGGGAAGCAAGACAGUUGUUUUCAGUCAAUGGACAUCGUUUCUUGACCUGAUUGAGCCGCAGCUUGUAAAACACAAUAUCACUUUUACCCGGAUCGACGGUAAGAUGAGCUCCACCAAACGGGAUGUGGCCAUGGCGACUUUGACCAAUGAUCCGAACUGCACUGUCAUGCUCGCGAGUUUAAAUGUCUGCAGCGUUGGCCUCAAUCUUGUGGCCGCCAACCAAGUUAUUCUUACAGAUAGCUGGUGGGCGCCUGCCAUCGAAGACCAGGCAGUGGAUCGCGUCUAUCGACUGGGCCAGAAACGACCUACUACGGUAUGGCGGCUUGUGAUGGAGGGGAGCAUUGAAGAUCGAGUACUGGAUAUACAGAAACGCAAGCGUGAUCUGAUGACCACCGCUUUUAGGGAGAAGAAUUCAAAAACGGGCGAGCAACAAAGAGCGAGAUUGGCGGAUUUGGAAAAGCUGCUGCAGUAGGCGGUUCAGCUUCAUUGCGAGCCAGAGAUCUAAGUACCUCUUCCACCUUUUGUUCUUCUAUGAUUCUUGUUCUUUUCCUCCUCCUCCUUUCCGAUUCCCUCAAAAUGCUUCUUGGCCUCUAGGGGUCUUCGCCGGGUAGCCUUUUCUUUCCAUUUGCCUUUUCAUUUUAGAUUCAUUGAACUGUUGCCAAUGAUCAUUUAUUUCUCUGGCAAGAGUGGAUUUUCUGCUUCUUUAUCCUUCAGAUCUUCUUCUAGAUUCGUUUUCGGUUGGUGGAACACAUGGCUAACAGUGCGUUCUGGCCCUUUGAUUUAAUAUUUUGUAAUGUAUCUUCUAUAAUAUUUACUGAUGCUAGUCCUUCAUCUGAAUGUCGACAUGAAUUGUCACAC